UUCUUUGUAAUGAAUUUCGGUACAGGGCCAACUAAAAAAUUCUGUCAUGUUUGCCGUGAUUGGAUUGAAGUUUUUGAUGACAAAGUACAAUGCGAAAAAUUUACUAUGCACAAAAGUUGUUUCAAAUGUGCCAUCUGUGAUAUUCAAUUAAAACCAGGAAGUUGCUCUAGAGAUGAUGGGAUGAUGUAUAGACAAUUUAUGUGUGAUAAGCGUUCCCCUUUAUGGUUCUGUUCUACUCAUAUGAUGCUUGGUUCGGGAGAAAAGUGCCAAAUGUUGAGAGAAAAAUUGUCUAGAAUGAAUAACCAAUGA